GCAGCCGUCGUCGCUGUUGUUUUCGUAUAUUUUGACAUAUCACUGCCGAAUUCGUGUACGUUGUCGUCGACGUCGCCGCCGUUGUUGCUGCUCGAGCUUCGUACGCAGCUCGUCAUUGAUUUUUUAUUUUUUCCAACGCAGUUCAGCAAACGGCAGUGAAAAAAUUUUGUGCAGUUCAAAUAAAAUUCCCUAACAUCAUAAAUUGUUGCAAUUAAUUGCAAAUUUGCAGAAAAUUUGCAAUUAUGGGCGACAAUGAGCAGAAAGCGCUGCAAUUGAUGGCUGAAGCCGAGAAGAAAUUGACACAACAAAAGGGUUUUCUCGGUUCGCUAUUUGGUGGUUCGAAUAAAGUGGAAGAUGCCAUCGAAUGUUACCAACGCGCCGGCAACAUGUUCAAGAUGUCCAAGAAUUGGGCGAAGGCUGGUGAAUGCUUUUGUGAAGCCGCUAAUUUACAUUCGCGUGCCGGUAGUCGUCACGAUGCCGGUGUUGCAUAUGUAGAUGCGUCGAAUUGCUACAAAAAGAUCGAUGUGGAAGGUGCUGUCUCAUGCCUGCUAAAGGCGAUCGACAUCUACACCGAUAUGGGCCGUUUUACCAUGGCAGCAAAGCAUCACCAGAGCAUUGCUGAAAUGUAUGAAAGCGACCCAGGCACGCUGGCCAAAGCUGUGCAGCAUUACGAACAAGCUGCCGAUUACUUUAAGGGCGAAGAAUCGGUGAGUUCAGCCAAUAAGUGUAUGUUAAAGGUAGCUCAAUAUGCCGCACAGCUAGAAGAUUACGAAAAAGCUAUCAAUAUCUAUGAGCAGGUUGCCGCUUCAUCGUUGGAAAGCUCACUGCUCAAGUAUAGCGCUAAAGAGUAUUUCUUCCGUGCUGCUUUAUGUCACCUUAGUGUGGAUUUAUUGAAUGCUCAACACGCUAUUGAGAAAUAUGCGCAGCAAUAUCCAGCAUUCCAAGAUUCGCGUGAAUUUAAACUCAUUAAGGUGCUUUGCGAACACUUGGAGGAGCAAAACAUCGAAGGCUUCACAGAAGCAGUUAAAGAUUAUGAUAGCAUUUCACGCUUGGACCAGUGGUAUACCACAAUAUUGCUUAGAAUUAAGAAAGCAGCCGAUGAGGAUCCCGAUUUACGAUAAAUUUAUCAUUAAAUUUACUAAUUAUAUACAACAAGUAAUAAUUAUUCCAAAUAGUGAA